AUGUACUUUGCCAUACGCCUAAGCUUUGUCCUGGUCGUGAUGUUUUGCCUAGCGGGCAAGGGAAAAGCCGGAAUGAUCGAAGUGGAUCGCAAUAGGCUUCAGCAACUCCAACGGCAAAGUCAUCAAACGACUGAUGCCAAUGCCCAAGUGCGAAUCGCCUACGAAGUCAUUGGUAUUUACAAUAAAUACAAGGGCCACGGAGGACCCAACGCCGCUAGGGAAAAUCAACUAAACACACAGGUGCGCGACUUCAAGAAGAAGACUGUGAUCGUCGAUGGUGUGCCAGCCCAAGGAGGAGUUUGGGACAUCCUGGGAAUAAUGAAGUCAGCUACAGGUGCUGUCCCAGAACAUGUUAGGACAGAUGCGGCGAACUUGAUCAAGAGUUCCUCAAAAGCCGUAGUUGACGGCCUAGUAAGCUAUCUUAUAAACACACUUUUUGGAAUGUUGGCCGGUGGAUAG